AAGAGAAACGCGUGAGUGUAGUCGAUGUGCUAGUAGUACAACUGGGAGCGCGCGUGCGCGUAUAUUUGCGUUUCCUCGCAGCAAGUUGAGGAGCGCGACACAUUUCAGUGCAAAGGAACGUUGCUUACCUUUACGAAGUUUAUAAAAAUACUAGGUAAUUUUCCGUGAAAGUAUUUUUUUUGCUAAGCGGUGAAAACAUGUCAGCCCCAGCAGCUAAAGUGAGUAAAAAGGAGCAGAACUCGAACCACGACGGAGCGGACGAGACCUCUGAAAAAGAGCAACAGGAAGCUAUUGAGCAUAUUGAUGAAGUACAGAAUGAAAUUGACAGACUGAAUGAACAGGCCAGUGAGGAAAUCCUCAAAGUCGAGCAAAAAUACAACAAGCUUCGUCAGCCAUAUUUUCAGAAGAGGUCAGAACUCAUUGCCAAAAUUCCCAACUUUUGGGUCACUACAUUCGUGAAUCAUCCACAAGUCUCUGCUCUCCUUGGUGAGGAGGAUGAAGAAGCACUUCACUAUCUGACAAGGGUGGAAGUAACAGAAUUUGAAGACAUCAAAUCAGGCUACAGAAUAGAUUUUUACUUUGAUGAAAACAUGUAUUUUGAAAACAAAGUACUAUCCAAGGAAAUUCACCUGAAUGAAAGUGGAGACCCAACACCAAAGUCAACAGAGAUCAAAUGGAAACCAGGAAAGGACCUCACAAAUCGUUCCAGUCAACCUCAAAGUAAAGCGGGCAAGAAGAGGCAACAUGAAGAGCCUGAGAGCUUUUUCACCUGGUUCACUGAUCACUCUGAUUCAGGAGCAGAUGAGUUGGGGGAGGUCAUAAAGGAUGACAUCUGGCCCAAUCCUCUGCAGUAUUACUUGGUCCCAGAUAUGGAAGAUGAGGAAGGAGAGGGUGAGGAUGAAGAUGAGGAAGGUCUAGAAGACAUAGAUGAAGAGGGAGAAGAAGAUGGAGAAGAGGAUGAUGGGGAGGAUGAUGAUGGUGAGGAUGACUGAAGAGGAAUAAAGUUGAGCAUAAUUCAUCACUUUAGUCCUGUCUGCCACAACCCAUCUGCUACUUUGGUGAUUCUUGGGAGCAAAAAUGCAUCCUUUUUGCCCCCUUUCCUUCUUGUCUUGGUUUUUUUUUGUGCUCCCUCUCCUGUCCUGACAGUGCCAUGUUGAAAUCCACCCAGGAAGAGACUGCCACUAUGGCAAUUAAUCUCAAUUCCCAAGUACAUUUUGAGGAAUAAAACAAAAGGCAAAACACACUGUAAUAUAAGCAGCACACUGUCUGGAGUAGACUUGCAAAUAGGUAAACUUUUUAUAUAAAUGUGUAUAUGCAUAUUUCAUCCUGUUAGUGUGGUUAAAUGAACAAAGGCCAUGGUGUGUGAUCUGUAUUUCCAGCAUCCUUCUUAAUGGCUUUGUUGCUCAUGGCAUUACAACUGAUUAGUGAUUGAGUCUUCCCCUCUAGCUUGUGGUUUCAAGAACAUAAAUCACAACCAUACUUCUCUCCCCUCUGUGAGUUUGUAAUUUUAUGAGGGCUGACCCUCAGCAAGGGAGGAAACAAGGGUAUUUGGAAACAAUUUCCUUUUUAUUUUUUUUUUAUUUUUUAUUUUUAUUUAAAUCUUGUUUCACAGACAUUCAUUGGAUAUGAAAUGACAUUUUGAUAAAAUAAAAUCCUUAAAAAUAAAUAGUCUGCCUGCAAGUUUUGGCUCUGCUGCAUAGGUUGUGUACAUUUUACUUAUCUUGUACACAAACGUAACUUUAGUUCAGUUUGCUUUGUUUAAAAUAAAACACAAUGUGAACAUGAGACUUCUCAAAAACUAAGAUUUGUAUGCAAAGAACAAAGUGUAGGAAAAUAUUUAUUUCCAUCUUUUUUUUUUCAACUAAACUUUUCUAGUGAUAAGCCCUUUAGAUGAAGAAAAGGUGCGCUGCUUUUUUUUUCCCCACGGGUCCGCUUUUGAAAGAUUUUGGUAUCGAAUGUUGAGGCAAAAUGUUCCUGUAGCUGUCUGUCUAUAGGCAAGGCCACCAAAGACUGAUCCAAGGCCUCAAAUUCUUCUCUCGUCAUUAUCUUCGGCUGUGCACUUGGUUGGAAUGCCAAGCCUAGAAUGAAAACAGCUCAAAUGAUACUGUAACAAAUAGGAGCAUGACUGUACAAUGAGAACAGAAGUAAUAGUUACUAUGUCAGGGCCAGGCUAUGUUCACAUACAUGGGUGGUUCUCAAAGUUGGGUAGGGGGCUGGCUAGGGGGCUAUGAUUUUCUGUGGCAGCAGUGGAAAUAACACACCAUUAUCAAAGAUAUAAUAGUUAUUACUGAAUUCUUAUUGUUUUAGCCCAUUUAACCAGUCAACUCCCGUGAAUGGGUUUAGUCCAACUAUCCAAAACAAGUUAACCAACAAAUGGUCACCUUGAUCUAAUGUGUACUGGAGGUGGACGUUCCAGGAAAAAAUAUCUGGUUCCAAUAAAUAUAGACAAAAUGUGUGUUUUACACCUUGGGCAUGUAGCUACAGUCCCCAAGAAACGUGGAAAGCAAGUGAAAUUCUCUUCAGCGCAUUAGCUUUCUUUAAUACAGUCACUUCAAACUGAAUUCACUGCUGGUUCUCAAAAAGUUGAACAGCAAUCCUCCAAUCAUUGUUAUACCUGAUGGUUAGUUGAUUUGGGAUGAUGAACAUCUUUUCCCCAAAGUCUCUUUGUACCCACAGAAUCUGCACAGAAGGUCUAACCAACUGGAGCGAGGGAAUGCUCCCUGCCAUAAAACUGCAAACACGGGGAUGAUCUGAAUGUAUACAUUUAUUAACCUUGGUGGUUGCAACUGACUCCUGACUAAAACCCAGUCUUAAAGUUUUAUUGCCAUGCUUCCCAAACGUUAGUUUUUUUUAAAUGUGUUUUAUCAGAAAGGAAUGAAAUAUUGUUUAGAUGUGGGAAGACAGUCACUGUCAUUUCAUGUUUGUUUAAAAGAUUAAUCGUCAUUAAUAGCCCAGCAUGUCUACACAAUUCAGCAAUGACACAGUAAUAUGUUUUCUACUGUCUGUAGUCUGUAGAUUUGUAGUCAUUAUAAAAUUAUAAACAUGAUGUAUUCUU